AUGUCAGAAAUAAGAGCUACGGAUCUGAUUGCCGUUAGACUUAACAUUGAAAACAGAAAUGACGAAGUUCCUGUGUUUGUCAACCAGCCGACCAAGUUUCUGACCACUAUAAGUCAAAACCCUGCCUUAAACUCCAAGGUCUUUGAGCUGAAUGCUGUAGAUGCUGAUCCCAAUUCUCUGGUCAGAUACUACAAGAUAGGAGGUGACGAUGAAUUUGCUGUGCAGGAGACAACAGGAAUAGUUAGCAACACUGUCACAGCAUUGAAUAGUGGUCAGGAGUACGAGAUUCUCGUCCAGGCGCAAGAUAUCAGCGCCAGUCCACCCCAGGUCAGCGAGUCAAAAAAUCUGCGUAUUUUCGUUGGGGAGUUGCCGCCACAAUUCUUUGAGGAAUCAUACACAAUGGAUUGUCCUGAAGAUGCUAAUAGUGGUUACAGUGUUGGUACAGUAAGGGCUAAAUCAUUUCAAGGCCAGUCAAUUAUGUACUCCCUGAAAACUGACACAAAUCAGGACUCCGCGGAGUUCUACCUUCACCCUACUGAUGGUAUCGUCAGCACCAAGAAGGUCUUGGAUUACGAAAGGGACCCACAUACCUACAAUCUGAGAGUUAUUGCACAAGAGGGACUUUCUGGCAAAACUAGCACUGCCUCAUUGGUGGUUAAUCUCCUAGACAGAAAUGACAACAAACCAAUUUUCUCACUGGCUGAAUAUAUAGUGCCUACUCCACUGGCUGAAAAUACACCAGUAGGACAGUCCUUUUUUGAAGUUGCUGCCCAGGAUGCAGACUCCGGCACCAAUAUGCAGAUUACUUAUUCCAUUCAAAAUGCUCUGGAUGGAAGUUACUUCAGUGUGUCCACAGAAAACAACAGGGGCAUUUUAAGAAUAGCUAAGGCACUUGACUAUGAAAACAAAACGGACCACACAUACCGUUUUAUUGUCCAAGCCACUGAUCAUGGAGCACCUGCGCAGACGGGAACCACAGUAGUGAGGCUCCGCGUGUCCAACGUAAACGACGAACCUCCGCAGCUGAUCCCCAACACACUCUAUGUCAGUGUUAAUGAAGACUCAGUUCCUGGACCAGACGGAAAACUUGUGACUGUACUGCAAGCCAGAGAUCCCGAUAAUGAUGGAAUUACUUUUGCUUUUAAAGACCAAAAUGGUAAUCCGACCAAUCAAAUAAUGCCAUUCCGUCUGGAUGAUAACACAGGGAAUAUCAGAUUGGUUGGUCCAAUAGAUGCAAACCGAGCCAACUAUAUCUUGAAUGUUAUUGCUACUGAUGAUGGUGCCUGCUGUGGUGGUGGGACUAGACUGACCAGUGAAGGAGUGGUCAUUGUCGAAAUCCUGGAUGUUGUCAACUCAAAGCCCGAUUUUCCAGACUGUGCUUCAAUGAAUCCUUCAAUCGUUGAGAGCGCUCCCCCAUCUACUUUUGUUUAUCAGGUUAGAGCACAAGAUGCAGACAGUGGUAGCAAUGGCCUUAUCAAGUACAGCUUGCUGUGGGCACCUCAAGCUCGCAUCCGUCCAUUCAGCAUUGACCAGACGUCAGGCAACAUGACCACCACUGAGAUGCUGGACAGAGAGCAGUACAAAACCGUCAGUGUGACUGUGAAAGCAGAGGACAGUGGAAAUCCACCCCUAGCAGCCUUCUGUUCAUUCCAAGUUACCAUUACCGACAUAAAUGAUAACUCUCCUGUCUUUGACAAGGGAGAAUACACCACAGCAUUGUCAGAAGACAAGGAUGUUGGAUACAAUGUAAUUCGUGUACGAGCUACGGAUAAAGACUCUGCUGUUAACAGCCAGCUGAAGUACAGGAUUAUUCCAUCACCUACUAGUGCUUUCUUCCAGAUUAACGAAGACUCGGGGGUUAUCUCUCUAGCCAGGGCACUGUCUCAGGUCCAGGAAGCAGUAUUCACUGUGGAAGCAAUGGACCAAGGCACUCCACAGCGGGGCGAAAACGUCACCGUCAGAAUUUCUAUCACCGACCAGAGCAACACUCCUCCAGAAUGGGUUGAGAACAUUGAUGGCAGAACCUAUCGAAUUAUGGAAAAUGAGACUGCUGAUCACAUUGUAACUACCAUCUCUGCCAGAAACACCAUCGAGGGACAGACUGGUCUGUCAUUCCGUAUCAUUGAUGGUGGAAAUGAAUUCCAAAAUGGUGUCCGAAGAUCUUUUUAUGAAAGACCAGUUGAUGAAACUUCCUUCGAGGUCCUUACUUACAGAGCUCUUGACUACGAAAAUCUCCAGCGCUAUGAAUUGAAAGUACAAGCUUCGAACAAGGCACAGAACAGGCUUACCCUGUACAAAGAAGCCAUCAUAUAUGUGGAACUGAUUGAUGUGAACGAUGAGAUUCCACAGUUUGAGGAUAUCGAUACCUCGGGUUACAUCUUGGGCAGUGUACCAGAGAAUGAACAAACCAACUGGCAGGUUGUUACAGUGCAAGCAGUUGAUGCUGACACCAUACCCGAUUAUAAAAGGGUAAGGUACAGUUUCGCUCCACCAGAACCAAAUGAGGAAGAUUAUCGCACCAAAUUUGCCAUUGAUUCCAGCACUGGCACCAUCACAUCACGGGUUUCAUUUGACAGGGAAGAGAGGCGAACCUAUUUUGUGACGGUAGCUGCUGAAGACAGUGCUCCAUCAGCCAGGAAGAGCGUAAAUGGACCCAAUCGAGCUGUGGCGACUGUUAAGAUAAUUGUGACGGAUAAGAAUGACAACACGCCAAUGUUUGCCAAAGCUCGCUACAACACGUCCGUGUUUGAAGACGCAGAGAUUGGAGAAGUCAUCUUUCAGUUGACUGCAAGUGAUGCUGAUGAAGAUGGCUCCUUGAGUUAUUUUAUCAGUGCCGGAAAUAUUGACGGUGCGUUUGGAGUAACGCCAGACACUGGAGAGAUCAUUGUGCAGAGACGCCUAGAUUUUGACAGAGGAACAAGACACUACAACUUGACGUACAGAGUUGAUGAUGGCUUACAUUCCAACACCACCAUUUUGGAAAUAAUUGUCAAGGACGUCAAUGAUAAUGCUCCAGAAUUCAGUCAAGGAACCUACGAGGCGCGAGACAUCAUGGAGAAUGAUAACAAUGUUCCCAGAGAUUUAUUGAGGGUAAGUGCCACAGAUCCAGACACCAGCCGUAACAACACCAUACGGUACAGUUUGGACGGUCAGUUUGCCAGAGAUGGCUACUUUAAUGUUGAUCCAAUAACUGGACAAGUCAGGCUACUCAAGCCGCUUGAUCGUGAUCCACCGGAGGGCAGGCCAAUCUGGGAGGUCAACGUUCUCGCAGUUGAUGAACCAUCAUCCCCUAACGCCCUGACCGGAUAUGCGGAGAUCAAGGUAUACGUCCUGGAUCAGAAUGACAAUGCACCUGUCUUUGUCCCUGAGAGGCUGAAAGGAACGGUUAUGGAAGGAGAAAUAGUCUCCAACUUUAUGACAGUGGUGGCCACAGAUAAAGACGCAGAGAACAAUGCCCUGGUCACUUACUCCAUCCUCCAGAACAGUGUAGGUGCCAAUGGGCAGAACCUUUUCAGUAUUCAGAGCAGUGGCACCAACAAAGGGGGCAUCUCUACUUUGACAACGACUCUCGACCGUGAAGUGCAGUCACAAUAUGAGCUGGUGGUGCAGGCCCAGGAUAACCCAUCAGAUGGUAGCCAAAGCCUAUCCUGUGAGUAG